AUGAUUUUAAGCCAGCAUCGAUUGAUACAUCUUGUGAGGGGGACCUCCAAGUGGGUAAAGGAGAUGACGUAACGAUCACUUUGCCACAUAUUUCAGGUUCAACUCCACCAAUGACUGUGUUUAGAGGAAAUAAAAGGCCAUAUCAGAAGGACUGUGUGCUUAUUAUCAACCAUGACUCUGGGGAAUACGUUCUGGAAAAACUUAAUAGCAGCAUUCAAGUCAAAAAAACAAGAGUGGAAGGUAGCAGUAAGAUCUCAGCCCGAAUAGAGCAACAGUCUGCCCGAGCAUCUCAGCCUCCUUCACAGUUCAGAGCCCUAACCAAACCAGCAGUUGGACCUAAAACUUCUCCUUUGAAAGAUAAUCCCUCACCUGAGCCUCAGCUGGAUGACAUAAAGAGAGAGCUGAGAGCAGAAGUUGAAAUUAUUGAGCAGAUGAGCAGCAGCAGUGGAAGCAGCUCUUCGGAUUCAGAAAGCUCAGCUGGGAGUGAAGAUGAAAGCUCCAGCAGUGAGGGGGAAGAGCCAGCACAUGUUUCCCCUUCCCAGCCACCGCACCAGCAAUAUAGCAACAGGAAUGCUAUUGCUAAUGGCACCAGCAGGUCACAAGGAAGCAAUCAGCUCAUGAACACGCUCCGAAAUGACUUGCAGUUGAGUGAGUCUGGAAGCGACAGUGAUGACUAGAGGCUGAGCUUUUGCUGUUUCUGUUACAUACACAUGAAGAACUAAUUUACCUUGAAGCGACCGUUGCCUAUGAAGAGGAGCUGGCACAGAGGUAGUUCCAUGUGUGGAAUUCUAAUAGAAGAAAUGCAUAGCCCUGCAAAAUAGCAGAUGUCAAGGGCUGUUUUACUUUGUGAAUUAAGUGUAUAUUUUAUGUAUAUUCUUAUUAUUUUAAAGCUUUAAAUAGAUAUGUACAGUGAGUAAGCAAAUAUAUGUUCCUAUAUUCCUGUCCAUCAUCUGUCAGUUUAAUGUGUAACUAUAUGAUGUCCUCCAAAAAUACCUUGUUUGUAGAAGAUAUUCAGCCCAUCAUUACUUUGGGGGGAGACUUUUGUAUAUAGGAUGAGCAUGAGCCAACAAU